AUGCCGAUAGAUCGAGCAGCGAGAUCGAGAGCUCACCUGCGAGGAGAGGGAGGAUUCGUCGCCGCCGAGGCCGAUGCUUGUGUCCUGGAGCUAGGACCAGGUUUAAAACCCUAUGCUCGGAGGCAUGCCCACCACUUGAAAGAAUAUUCGCCGCUGGCGGCUGCCGCCGUUUGCCACGUGGCGCGGACGUGGAGUUCCACGCUGGAACAGUACUACCGGUAUUAUCCCGGUGUUGUAAGGAUCAAUCCUAGCAGAACAUACAAACUCCUCACGACCAGAAGCUGGGACUACAUGGGAGUGAGCGGAGACAAAUCAAAGCAUCCAUUCAUACCCUCGAAUCACUCCUUAUGGGAACAGGGCAAGCACGGCAAAGAUGUCAUCGUUGGGCUGAUAGAUUCUGGAAUCUGGCCGGAAUCUGAGAGCUUUCGAGACCACGGCAUGAACAAAGCUCCCAAACGAUGGAAGGGAACAUCAAGGGACGAAACAGGGCAUGGAACGCACACCGCAUCAACCGCAGUCGGCCGCUACGUAAAAGAUGUAUCCAUCAAUGGAUUGGCGCGUGGAACCGCUGCCGGAGGAGCUCCAAAGGCGAGGCUUGCAGUCUACAAAGUGUGUUGGGGCAACGAGAACCAGUGCUCCGGUGCUGAUAUUGUUGCGGGUAUAGAUGAUGCCGUGGCUGAUGGAGUGGAUAUUCUAUCAAUGUCUUUGGGGGGUGGCGACGAGGAGUUUUAUGACGAGACAGCCCAGGCAGCACUCUACGCCAUUGCCAAGGGUGUUGUUGUGGUGGCAGCAGCCGGAAACACCGACUUUACAUCCAUACACAACACCGCGCCGUGGUUUAUCACGGGAAGGACAUUGACUGCUCAUGGAACUCGCAAGUUCUGCCCAAUUGUUUCCGGUGCACAAGUGAAGGCAGAGAACUCAACCAGUGCUGACAGGUGA